AUGGAUGACGAAUAUUUAAGUUUCGAGGAGGAAGAUUAUUGCUACUCCUCCGAACCCGAUGAUCAUGAUCAGGAGGAGGGUUGCGACGAGGAAGAGUCGGGUUUGCAACACUCUAGAAAACCUACGAGCCAGGUGAUCACGAAGGAAACACUUAAAGCAGCACAGAAGGAUGUUUUGGUUAGGGUUAUGGAAUUUUUAUCAGUUAAGGAGAACCAAGCGAGGAUACUUCUUAUUCAUUACCAAUGGAAGAUUGAUAAUUUGUUCUCUGUGUAUGAUGAUCAAGGCAAAGAUUUUUUGUUUACUUGUGCUGGUCUGACAGUUUUUGACCCUUGCGGACAUUUUACUGUGAGGAUUAAUGAAGGUGAGAGCAAAAGGAUUAGAUGUAUGGCUCAUAAAUGCAACGUGAUUUGCGACGAGGAUGUUGUUAGGAGACUAGUUAGUCCGGAGUUAGCUGAGAAGUUUGAUCGUAUCCUCCUUGAGUCGUAUGUCGAAGAUAACAAGAUGGUGAAGUGGUGUCCAAGCACACCGCAUUGCGGGAACGCGAUACAAAAAACGGUAGAUGACGACGACGAUGAGGUUGAGUGUUCAUGUGGACAUCAGUUCUGUUUCAGUUGUCUGAGUGAGUCUCACUCUCCUUGCUCUUGUUUGAUGUGGAAGCUAUGGACUAAAAAGUGUGCAGACGAGUCUGAGACUGUUAAUUGGAUAACAGUUAACACUAAGCUGUGUCCCAAAUGUAGCAAACCUGUUGAAAAGAGGGAUGGGUGCAAUCACAUGACUUGUAUUUGCGGGCAGUGUUUUUGCUGGCUGUGUGGUGAAGCUACUGGAAAGACUCAUAGUUAUCGGAGUAUCGCUGGUCAUAGCUGUGGUCGGUACAAAGAUGACAAAGCAGGGCAAAUGGAUAGAGCCAAAAGGGAUUUGGACAGAUGGAGUGAACCGGUUAUUCAGAUCAAGAAGGAUUCUUUCGUAUUCAUAUCCUUUCGCGUUCUACAUGUUUGGGGAAGAGUUGUUCAAAGAUGA